GAUGAUUCUGGCAUGUGGAGACGUGGCCGAAUGUGAUUCACCCAGCUGAGAGAAUGAUGACACCCAAUGACUUGAGAAGUGGGCAGUAGAUUUGGGGCAAGAUGAGGUGGUUGUCCGGGUCGGUUGCGGCGGCAAAGCAGUAUAGAGGAACCUGCAGGAGAGGAAGGAUUGACGCCGGUGCAGGGGAUUAAGCUCGGAUGGAUUUCUGCAUUUUAUUUUUUUUGCUCUUGCUUGCUUGAUUGUUUGUCUUGAAGCUUGUUUCGAUUCAACUGUAUACAGAUUGGAGAUACCGUAGAAGAGUUGGGAGGAUAUGAGCAGAGUGGUUUCAGAAACGGGACCAUGUUUGGAGUGGAUGUGGGUAUUGGUGAAGAUGAGAGGUUUGUGGUUGCCAUGUGAAGGAUUGAAAGACUUGGCGUUGGCCUAUUCAGGCUCUGAUACCAUGAUAGAAAUAAAGAGAAGCAGAAACAGAGAAGGGAAGAAGGAGAAGAGGAGAACACAAGCUGCAGAGUGAAAGAUCCAAUUUCUGCCACUCUUUCCUUUCUCCAGAUCCCCGUCUCCAUUGCUCUUCUCGUUCGAGUUAUCAGGAAUCUUACCUCAAUACUUUUGUCUUUCUAAAAGGAGUUCGUGGGUAUAUAUAGGCAACUCGGCAAGAGAAAGGGAUGAGGAAUGAUCAGGAUAUUGAGGGGCAAGUUUCAAAAACCGAUGGAGAUGAUUCAGGACAAAAGAGAAGAACAAAAAAGACAAUUAUUGACCCAGAUGGGCGGCUGCUUCUGUGGUGGAAUAUAAUGUUUGCAGUGUCAUGUGCGAUUGCAGUAUCAGUGGACCCUCUGUUUUAUUACCUUCCUCUCAUCAAUACAGAUAAAAAGUGCGUGUGGUUAGAUAAAAGAUUGAAGAUCGUAGCCAUUGCUUUGCGAUCUGUCACGGAUUUCAUCUAUCUUUUGAAUAUCAUUUUGCAAUUUAUAUGCCCUUACAUCGACGAGGCCUCUCGUAAGCUUGGACGAACUGAGGUAGUUACAGAUCCUCGGCAAAUAGCAAAGCGCUACUUCUUCUCACGGUACUUUGUAAUUGACGUUCUCGCUAUUCUUCCCCUCCCACAGGUUUUAUUUACAAAUAAUAUUUUUUCGAAAGUGAGAGGUUCAAGAGUUUUGGACAAAAGGAAGUUCCUGAAUGCUGUUGGUUAUUUCCAAUAUGCACCAAGAGUUCUCCGAAUCUACAUAUCAUGGAUGAAUCUUACCAGGACUGCCAGCAAACUUGCUAGACUUGUUUGGGUUAAAGCUGCAUUCAAUUUCUUUCUCUAUAUCCUGGCCAGCCAUGUAAUUGGUGCUUUUUGGUACUUAUUUUCUGUCCAACGAGAGACGGCUUGCUGGCGCAAAGCUUGUGAAAUUACUGGAUGUAUUUCAACCUCUUUUAGCUGCAAUCAGCCUUCAAGCGAUCACGCAUUUUUAGAUGAUUAUUGCUCUGUACAAACACCAAACACAACGCUCUUUGAUUUUGGAAUUUUUCUUGAAGCCCUUCAAUCUCAUACCUUGGAGUCCACAAAUUUUCCACGAAAGCUCUCGAAUUGUUUCUGGUGGGGCCUACGAAAUUUGAGUUCUUUUGGUCAAAACCUUCGAACAAGUACAUAUUUCUGGGAAAACUUCUUCACAGUUUAUAUUUCAAUCUUUGGCUUGCUACUGUUUCUGUAUUUCAUUGGCAAUUUGCAGACAUAUAUACAGUUGGCAACUGAAAGGUCAGAAGAAAUUAUAAAAAAUAUGAGGGUUAAAGAACGAGAAAUAGAGCUAUGGAUAUUUAGAAACCAGCUCCCUAGUAGUACAAAGCAGGAGAUCAUGCCCAUCGUUCAACACAUGUUGGAAGAAAAGAAAGAUGUUGAUGUGCAGAAUCUGUUGUCUCAUUUUCCCAUUGAACUUGGAAGGAAGAUUAAGCGCUAUAUCUGCUUACCCAUGCUAAAGCAAGUGCCACAGCUUCAAGGAAAAAGUGAACAAUUGUUACAAUUGAUCUGCGACUAUCUAAAGCCAGUGCAUUACAACCAGCACAGCUACAUUGUUCGGGAGGGAGAACCACUUGAUGUGAUGCUCUUCGUAACGCAAGGCAUCAUAUGGAACUUCACGACCAAUAAUGGUGAGAGAAGCACCAAGUGUAUUGAGAAAGGUAGUUUCUACGGAGAAGAACUUCUAGAUUGGGGGUUGGAACGCUCAGCCUUACCCAAACUAUCUGACCUCCCAAUCUCUGUCAAAACUGCGAAAACCCAUACAAAGGUUGAAGCCUUUGCUCUAAUGGCCAACGACUUGAGGACUAUAGUUUCCAGGCGUAGUACUGAAACAACUUCUCAUGUACAAGCAGCUUCUGCAGUACAAGCAGCUUUCCGGCGUUUUCAUGAAAAGAAGAAUGAAAGGUCUCUCCAGUUGGUUGAGGGGAACAAGAAAAUUGAAAUGUUGUCUGCCCUGUCACCCAAGGGGAAAAGAAGCUAGCGAGUUCUCAUGCUCUAGGUGUUUCAAGACUAGUUCUAAAAACCCAGCAUUUCCUUACGUAUAGCCUGAGUGUUGUUGCAAUUAAGCAAAUAGUUUGUUUUAGAGGCCUUUGUGUACAAAUAUAUAUAUAUAUUUUGGACAGUACGUACGUAAUUUCCUAUUAA